AAAAAUUCUAAGGAUAGUUUUGCUUGGUUAUUUUUUGACCUUUUUGAAUAUGAAGAAGAUGAUGAAAGAGUAACAAAAGUUCAAUGUUCAAUCGAAGGUUGUGAAGUAGAGUACACAUGGCAUAGCUCAACUUCUAACAUGAUUAAUCAUCUUCGUGAUGUACAUCAUAUAACAAAAAUGUCUCUGGAAAAUAAAACAAUUGAAACAAUUUUAACAAAACCACAUUCCAAACAAAUACAACAAAAACUUACCUGUAAUAUAGUUAAAUUGUUUCUUUCUUGUACCCUUCCCUUGUCUUUAAUAGAAAAUGAGAAUUUUCAUACCUUUUUAAAUUCUUUUGAUCCUCAAUAUAAAGCACCUUGUAAAAAUACACUUAAACAUAAAAUUUCAGAUGCAACAAUUCAUACAACAAAAACUAUCAACUACAUGAUUAGCACCCAAGCAGAUAUAAUGUAUGAUUCUACAUUAAGUGUGAUUGAGAUAGAUGAGUAUAAAACUACUAGUAACAUUGUUAGUACAAUUGAACCUGUAUUGGAAGAAUUUGGCAUUAGUAGAAGUAAACUA